AUGGAAACCCAUGGAGAUCCCGAAAAAGUGGACGGAGUGUGUGGUGAUAGCCACAACCACGUUUCAAGCACAGACUCCAGUGAGAAUGUGCUUCCCCAAGAUGCCUCUCCUCGGCCAAUUCAUGGCUGGAAGUGGGCAAUUGCCUAUACAUCCAUGAUAUCAACCACAUUUCUCUUCGCCCUAGACAACACCAUUGUGGCAGACAUACAGCCCGCAAUUCUCGAUAUAUUUGGUCAAGUCUCCCUCCUACCUUGGAUCGGAGUUGGCUUCGCCCUAGGCACGAUGUGUGUGCUACCAUGGGGCAAGAUCUAUGGCGUUUUCAACGCCAAAUGGGUGUACUUGUUCAAUGUUGUACUUUUUGAAGUUGGUAGCGCAGUGUGCGGUACGGCUCCCAAUAUGACGGCGCUGAUAGUUGGGAGGGUCAUUGCCGGUAUUGGUGGAUCCGGGAUGUACUCCGGCACAUUGAGCUUUGUGGCUAUGUUGACUUCGAUUGAGGAGAGACCUAUCUAUAUGGCUGGAAGCACUGUAAUCUGGGGAGUUGGCAGUGUGUUGGGCCCCGUGGUCGGCGGUGCUUUUGCGGAUAGCUCGGCGACAUGGCGAUGGGCAUUUUACAUCAAUCUCCCAAUCGGAGCUCUAUUCGGCCCGUCCUACAUCUUCCUGAUUCCCAGCGUGGACCCCAAGCCGGACAAUACCUUACGCGAGAAGCUCAAAAUGGUCGACUGGAUCAUGACAACAGUUUUCCUUGCAGGAUCCACCUCUCUUGUUAUGGCCAUUACCUUCGGUGGUACCUUGUUCGCAUGGAGCUCUGGAAAUGAGAUCGCCCUCUGGGUUGUCAGCGGAGUCCUUCUGAUCGUUUCUGUGGGCGUGGCAAAAUACCAUCCGGGCGUGCACAGGGACAAUCGAUUAUAUCCUGCUCAUUUCCUCCAAAAGCCCAUAUUGGUCAAUCUGCAACUGCAGAUGUUUCUGGUUUCUGGAAUUGUUUUGGCGACGACUUAUUAUAUUCCCCUUUUCUUCCAGUUUUUAAGGGGAGAUGGUCCCUUGGAUGCUGGUGUCCGCCUCCUCCCCUUCAUCAUCUCUAUGGUAGUAUUCGCCAUCAUCAACGGCGCACUGAUGCCCAAACUACCAUAUAUUACACCAUGGCAUAUAUUCGGUAGCAUACUCGUUGUUAUUGGCGCGGCUUUGAUGUACACUGUCGACUUGGAAACGAGUAACGCAAGGAUCUACGGCUACAAUAUCCUAAUUGGUGCUGGCUCUGGAUCAUAUGUUGUAGCAGGCUUUGCUGUCGUGCAAUCUCUUGUUGAAUCGAAAGAUAUUGCCAACGCUGUGGGAGCCAUGGCUAUUUGCCAAGACCUCGGAAUGGUCGUCUUCCUCGCCAUGGCAGGAUCAAUCUACCAAAACCUAGCAUUGCAAAAAGUGGGACUGGCUCUACCCAGCUUGGACAAGACAGAUAUCACGAACCUUGUUGCUGGAACUAGUAGUCUGACUUACAAGGAUCUAUCUGAAACCGAAAAGGCCCUGGUGAAGCCCCUAAUCACUGAUGCGAUGAGCAGUGUGUGGCUAUUAUUCUUGGUAGCUGGGGUAUUUAGUCUUGUGAUAACCCCGUUUUUGGGAAGAACAAAGUUGAAAGGAUCUGCUACAGCUGGAGGGCGGGCAUAG